AAGGAUAGCCGAAUUGAGAUGCAAAAAUUUAUACAAGAAUUAUAUUUGGAACCUGUAUCAGAGGAAUCAAUUGAAGUCAUCAAAAAUAAAGAGCUAGAUAUAUCAGAUCACAAUGAAAAUGACAAACAUAUUGUUAUCGAAUUGGCUCAUUUAUAUCAAAAAGCAAGAAAAGCUAAAAAGAAUACUAUCUAUGCUAAGCAAGAAGAAAUUUUAAGCUGGUAUUAUUAUGCGGAAGGUUUCGAAAGGAGG